AUGGCAGGUCCUCCACCGCCUCCACCUCCUCCGCCCCCAGGGCCUGCACCGCCCAUGUCGAAUACCCCCAGCAUGCCGAUGCCAGCUGGCAGAGACGCCCUUCUAGGCGAUAUCAGAAAGGGAGCAAGACUCAAAAGUGUCCAGACGAAUGAUAGAAGCAAACCAUUGAUAGGGGGAGAUAGUAAGCCCUCGGGUGCACCAGUCGGAAUGUCUCUCGGUGCCCCGGCAAUUCCUGGAUCUUCUACCAGACCGUCUCCAGCUCCAUCUGCUCCAAGUGCCCCACAACUAGGUGAUAUAUUCGCAGGCGGGAUUCCAAAAUUGAAGCACCGUGGAGGUGCCAAUGGGGCUUCAAGUGCCCCCAGUAUGGCUGCUCCGCCUUCUGUUCCGAACACGAGACCCACUGCUCCUUCAAUGCCACAGUCAAGUGCUCCACCCAUUCCAGGUUCUUCGGCCCCACCGAUUCCAAAAGCGCCCAAUGCACCACCGCCACCCUUGUCGAGUGCUCCGCCACCUCCGCCAAUGCCAAGUUCGCGGCCAAGCGCACUUACAAGUGUUCCUGCGGCUCCUGCGGCUCCUGCUCUACCCUCGGGAGGACUACCGUUUUUGGCCGAAAUCAACAAGAAGAGAGACGACUCACACGUCGUGGACUCGGCGCCGAGUACAGGACCGCCAAAGGCACCGUCAUUACCAACGUCAAGUGCCCCACCACCUCCUCCGUUGCCAACUACAAGUGCACCACCACCUCCACCACUACCCUCUACGAGCGCACCUCCACCUCCACCUCUGCCCUCUAUGAGUGCUCCACCGCCUCCUCCAAUGGCCAGCACGCGCCCAGCACCCACACAAAACGCCCCGAAGGCUCCAUCAUUGCCGGCUGGUGGAUUGCCCUUUUUGGCGGAGAUUAACAAGAAGCGAGACGAUUCUCAUGUGGUUUCAGACGAGGAUGUGAGGAAGGCCUCUUCGUCCUCACCAAUAGCACCACCAGUGGCCCCAGCUGCACCAAAGGCCCCUUCGCUGCCUUCUUUUGCAGCUCCCAAGCUUCCGGCUUUCUCGGCUCCACCAAUACCGACUUCAGCAGCUCCACCUGCUCCACCUGCACCAACAGCAGCACCAGCAGCACCGGCACCGCCAGCACCGCCAGCACCACCUCCGCCUCCAAUGAUGUCAGCCCCAAAGCUCCAAGCGACACCAGCAGCCCCAAAGGCCUCACCAUUAGCUGGAGGUUUACCAUUCCUCGCUGAGAUCAACAGCAAACGGAACGACGCUCACGUGAUUGACGAUUCAAAUGUUUCGGCAAAGUCUUCUGGAGUAACCAGUGCGGUUCAGAGUGCUCCUUCAAUUCCAAAGACGUCAGCACCAGCUAUUCCAAGAACAUCGGCACCAGCUAUUCCGACUUCGCAUGUGCCUUCUGUGCCAUCAUCUCCACCGCCGAAGUCUCAUCCAUCUCCGUUCGCUCUUCCUGGCAUGGCCAUCCCAGGCGGGUUCUCGAACCAGAAGGGGGCCCCUUCAGCCCCAAGUACAACCGCUCCGUCAGCACCUUCAAUUCCUAGUGCUCCUCCACCACCAAUGCCAAGUGCUGCUCCUGCCAUUCCAGCCACUCCUGCGGCUCCUGCACCACCUGCACCACCUGCGGCACCUUCGCUACCUAGUGCACCACCACCACCUCCAUCUUUUGCACCAGCACCCUCACCAUCACCAUCACCUUUACAUACACCACAUAAAGCACCACCACCUCCUCCAUCGCAUGCUCCGGCUCCAUCAGAGCCAGAAGAAAGCCCAUUCUUCUCGGAAGCUCCCCAGGAACAAACAAACACCAAAGGAAGACUGUUUGGUUUCGGCCACCAUCGCGACGCUGCCUCUACAAACUCAAAAAUCAACCAGCAACAGCAUGUUGGAUCGAAUUUACGCCACAUAGAUGCAUCUGCGUAUACAAUUGCCGGUUCCAAUGUCUCUUCUUCUCAGGGAGCAGCCAAGGUCGUGAUUGACGAUAGCAAGUACCGUUUCUCCAAUGCUCAUGAUAUUCCUCGGCCGCGUAAGUUUGAGGGAAAGCAGAAACUUUAUCCUAGUGGGCGUGGAAGUUCAGUCCCGUUGAAUCUUGCACUUUUCACAUAG